CAGCGCUUACAGGCUGAAAGCCGCAACUUUAGUACCUAUAAAAAAACAGUGGACAGGCUGUUUGAGAUGUUCCCAUCCAGUCCAGAUGUCAUAAAACCCAGCCCUGACCUCUGCAGGAGUUGCGCUGUGGUGGGGAAUUCUGGUAAAUUGAAGCGAUCACGAUAUGGACCUCUCAUAGAUUUACAUGAUGUCAUCAUAAGAAUUAACCAUGGUCCUACCAAAGGCUUUGAAGCAGAUGUCGGGACCAGAACAACUCAUCAUGUCAUGUAUCCAGAGAGUGCCGUGGACUUGGAUAACAACACUCAUCUUGUGCUGUUUCCAUUCAAGAUACAAGAUCUCGAGUGGCUCAUCAAGGCCUUCUCUACUGGAUUUACUGGAAGGUCAUAUGUGCCAGUUAAGUCAAAUAUCAAAGCUAACAAGGAUUUGACCAAAAAAGAACUGAGAGGGGGUGUCCAUCUGUGUGACGUCAAGGAAGCUUGA